AUGAAUGGAGAGCUGAUUUUUACUCUGAAAGAUUAUGUGACUUCUCUGGGGAGGCUUGUGGCUUCUCGGUAUGCUGAUGGCCUAUUUCCACAGAUCUACAGAGCGGAAGAUGGCAGAGUAUACAAUCUGACAGCUAAAUCAGAACUGAUCUAUCAGUUUGUGGAACACUUAACACAAGCUGUGGAGAGCUACAAGCAGCGGAUGGACUGGCUCACCAGCAAAAGCAGGCAGAUUUUUGGUGUCAUCUUGGAACAGUGUGUCACCAUAGUGCUGGAUUUUGGCGGCAUACUGGAGGGGGAGCUUGAUCUGUGCCGAGAUGCUCUAAUAAUGGUCCUCCAGGAGCAGGUGGCUCAUAUAACCAAGUUCAAUAUCAUACGGGUUUCUCAAGAGCCUGUGAAAUGGCAGGAAAAUGCUACUCGUGUGACCAAACAAUCCAUAACCACUGCCAUCAGCUGGGUUGAGGAACUGACUUUUGAACCCACUGUAAGCGAAGUUAGCCGUCUUGAAGCUCUGCUGGAAGCUGGGAAAGACCCAACUAUUGAAUCCAUUUACUACUUUGUGGUGGGGGAUAUUCCUGAAGAAUCCAAGGAGAUUCUCCUCCAGAGGGCUAUGGAGAUCCCAUAUCCAGUCUACACAGUGUCCUUCAAUGCCAGAGGAGAAGGCACUAUAACUUUUCUAAAGCACCUGAGUGCCAAGACCCACAGCAGAUUCCAUGCGUUUGCUGAGAGAACACAGUGUGUAGAGUUUCCUGUACUCCCCACAAAGGAUGGUGGCAGUGUGCUGACUUGGAGUUCAAGGAAACUGAAAGGAAAACUCCCUCCAGGAGCUGGAGUCAGAGAAGACGUGUUUCUCAUUUGGAGGGAAAUGGAGGAAGCCUGCAGCACGCUGGCCCAGAUCCAGAGGCUGGUGGCCGAGCCUCCCAAGUCCACUGUGGCCACAGUAGACUCUGAGUUGGGAACAACCUCGGUCGAGAGUAUGUCAAACCCAGAAGACACCUGGGACUCCAAGAAGUGGCUGCAGAAGUAUGGCUUGAAGGCCCAGAAACUGUCAUUUUAUGAUAUCCUUGCUGACUGCUCUUUCCGACAUGCUGAUGGAGUUGUUGAUAUAAAAGCCAAACCAGAGAACGAGACCAUACAGACCAGUGCGGAGACCAGCAAGAAGACAGUCCAUGCAAAAUAUUGCAGCAGGUUUGUCCAUGCUCCCUGGAAGGAUGGGAGCUUGGUCCAUGUCAACAUUACCAAGGAGAAAUACAGGUGGUACAGCGAGAAAAUUCACAUGGUCCUGGCCCAGAUCCAAAGGAGGAUUAAAUGGCUACAGGAUGGGAGUCAAAUCCUCUUUGGAAAAGUACAUAAUGAUGGUGUCUAUGUCCUCAUCGAUACAUCUCAUUCAAUGAAGAGCAAACUGGACUUUGUGAAGGACAAGAUCAUUCAGUUCAUACAGGAACAGCUGAAAUAUAAAAGCAAAUUCAAUUUUGUGAAGUUUGAUGGUCAAGCAGUAGCUUGGCGGGGAAAACUUGCUGAAAUCAAUGAAGAUAACUUGGAACAAGUUCAGUCCUGGAUUAGAGACAUUAAGAUUGGAAGUUCCACAAACACCCUGAGUGCCCUGCAAAUUGCUUUUGCUGAUAAAGAAACACAAGUCAUCUACCUUCUGACAGAUGGCAGACCUGAUCAGCCUCCUGAAAUGGUUAUUGACCAAGUCAAAAUUUUUCAGAAAAUUCCAAUUUAUACUAUCUCUUUUAAUUACAAUGAUGAGAUUGCAAAUGGAUUUUUGAAAGAGCUUGCUUUUUUGACUGGAGGAGAGUUUCAUUUUUACAAUUUUGGUUGCAAGGAUCCUGUUCCUCUUGAGACUGUUCAGAAUGAAGAUCUGACUCUUUUAAUUAAGGAAAUAGAGCAGGGACACAGCGACCUGGAGAAGGUGCAAAACCUUUAUUCUGAGUCCUUGAUCAUGGACUGGUGGUACAAUGGAGAAAAGGAAGGAGACAAGCAUCAAAAGGAAAUCUGUUCUAUGGUUUCAACCCCAGAAAAAUGUGCAAAAGCUCAAGUUGAUGUUGAGUCAAUGAGAACCUCACCUCUGAAUAUGUUGAAAGGAUCAUGGGGCCUUUCAGAUCAAAAGAUUCAGAAGAAGAAAGUCCUCCACGCAGAAUCAACCAAAACCAGCCUACUCAGGAGCCAGAUGUCCACCCUCAAGAGCUCGGCUUGCAGUGAAAGGAAAGAUGGCCUCUCCGACUCUAGCAGCUGGAGGACUGCUCCAAGUGACAAAGAAAUGAGCAUCCUGCUGAAAAAUGAGUGUCUGGAUAACAAAUCGUCAGAAGGAUUGACUCAAGAAGGAAGUCAGGUUUAUGAUCACGAUUCUUCAACUAUGUCUUCAGAAAACUGGCUCAAGACCUAUGGCUUGGCUGCCAAGAAACUGACCAUCAUGGAUGCCUUGUCAGUGACCGCAGUCCCACACAGCCCAACCUACAUCCCUGUCCUGGACAAGCAUGUCGUUUCUAAAGUCUUUGAUGAGGUGUUCCCUCUGGCACAUGUGUGCAAUGACACAAAUAAGAUGACAUUAAUUAACCCCCAAGGAGUCAAGCUCAAUAUCUACAAGCAAAAAGUGGAACAGGCAAUUAAGUCCUAUGAAAAGCGCUUGAACAAAAUUGUUUGGCGAGCAUUAUCUCAAGAAGAAAAAGAAAAGUUAGACGCAAACAAACCAAUACGGUACUUGGAAAACAAGACAGCUGUAAACCAAGCGUUAGAACGGUUGAAUUGGCCCAUUUCACUGAAAGAACUGUCGGUGCUGGAAAAUGAAAUCCUAGUUGGGAAAAUGUACAUCCAGCAAGCCAUGGAACUCCAUGAAGCUGCCAAGAAUAAUUAUGUGAACAAGGCAAUGGAAGAGCAAAAGAAAUUACAAGGAAAUCCGACCAAAAAAAUUAAAUCAAAAAGACCAGAUCCCCUCAAAGGCCAGAAGGUUAUUGCAAGAUGUGAUGAAAAUGGUUUUUAUUUUCCAGGGGUUGUGAAGAAGUCUGUGAGCCCUAACCAAGCACUGGUGAGCUUCAGGUAUGGAGACACCAAGCUUGUGUCCACUUCCUUUAUCACGCCUGUGGGAGGUGCCAUGCCCUGUCCGCUGCUCCAGGUUGGAGAUUAUGUAUUUGCCAAAAUUAUGAUACCCCAAGGAUUUGACUUCUACGUCCCUGCCAUUGUCAUAGCACUUCCAAAUCAGCAUGUGGCCUCAGAAAAAUUGUACACAGUUUUGAAAUGUAACAACCGGAGAGAAUUUUGUCCUCGGAGUGCACUUAUUAAGAUCAGCCAAAACAAGUAUGCUCUCUCUUGCUCUCAUAUAAAGUCACUCUCAGUUCAGGAGGAUUCAAAAGUAAAGGAUAUGGAAACGAGGAAUUCUGAUUUCUGUCUCUGGCCACUGAAAGAAGUUGACACUGGGGAUGCAAAAGAGCCAAAACAGGAGAAUACUAGAAGAAAGAAAAAGAGACCUGCCAAGAUGCCACCUCUCCAGAAGACGGGGUCCUCAGACUCAGAUGGCUCUUCCCACGGCACCAGGUCCCAGAAGUCCUACUCCAAGACACACCCCAAGCCCAAGGGUGGGGGAGGUGGGAAGGACAACAUCAUUUAUCUCCGGAACACUCUGAUUUUUUCAAGAAUAGUGCAUAUGAGAUCACUCUCCACCAGCUACACCAUCGCUGGCACACCUCCACCUCGAGCUGCCCCACCCGGACCUCAUCGAGUCACCCAUAGUAGCAAAGGGCUGAGGACCAUCGCAAGAAACCUCAAAGUAGUUUAG